UUUCCUUAUGCUGACACCUUAGUGAUGUCUUUUAUGUUUUUGGUGAACAUAGAGCUGAUAUAGUCUCCUAAAUAUUCCUUUUUUGGGUUGAUUUGCUGCAGGAUGAUGAGAGCAUACUAGUGGAGGCACCUUCAGAGAAGGCAGCCCAGGAGGAUAAACAGAUUCCUGAAGAGGCAGUUAAAACUGAACAAGUGGAUCUUGCAAAUGGAAAAUCUCCCAAUACAGUUGUUUGUAAUGGCAUUAUGCGAACCGCUGAAGAGGACUCAUUGGCUGAUUUAAAUUCUAUAAAGAUGAAAGAGGGCAACCAUAUUGCUGAUGAGUCCAAAAAUGAUAAAUCAACUGUUGCCGAAACCGAUAUAUCAAAAGCUGAGGAAGUUGUCAAUUCAGAUACUAAGUUAGAGCAAAGUACCCAGGAAAAGAAGAAGGAAUCUGAUUUCAAAUUAAAUGAACUUUCUGACAGCUCUCAUGUUGAUGAGAAGGCAGUUGAGACCUUAAAAGAUCAUAAAAAAGACAGCAAGGAUGAUGCUGGUUCAGCUCGUGAGGUUCUAUCUGUUGAUGGGGUUGUAUCCUCUGAGAAUAGAAGAGAAACAGAUGUUCCGCAUUCCUCUCAAAAAGCAGCUGAGGAAGAAUCGGCUGAUGUUCCGCAUUCCUCUCAAAAAGCAACUGAGGAAGAAUUGACCGAUGUUCUGCAUUCCUCUCAAAAAGCAACUGAGGAAGAAUCGACUGAUGUUCUGCAUUCCUCUCAAAAAGCAACUGAGGAAGAAUCGACUGAUGUUCCACAUUCCUCUCAAAAAGCAACUGAGGAAGAAUCGACUGAUGUUCCACAUUCCUCUCAAAAAGCAACUGAGGACGAAUCAACUGAUGUUUCGCAUUCCACAAGGGCCCCAAGGUCUAAAAGAAAAGAGAGUGUGAGAAAGGAAACCACCUCCUCUGUUGAUGGUGUCUCUAAGAAGGCAUAUGAAGCGACUAGUGAUUCAGAAAAAAAAACAAAUAGACGAGCAAGGAAAAAAGUUUCUACUGUUGUUUCCAAUGAGGAUAAUGCUCCAGAUGGUGUAGAUGAAACUAAGAAAGAAAAUGACACUGCAAAUGAUUCAGAGGCAAAAUCACUGAAGAAGUCAUCGAAGAAGGUAGAUUCUAGCAGUAACAAUGCAGAUGAAACAAUGAAAGAAGGUGACAUAGGAAGUGAUUCAGAGGUAAAAUCACUGAAGUCAUCAAAGAAAGUCGAUUCUAGCGGUAACAACGCAGAUGAAUCCAUUUCAAGGCAGCUGACAGAUAGUAAAAGGCGAGCUCGGGGAAAAGUUGUUCCUGAGAAGGAUAGAGCGAAAACCUCCACCGAGAACGAUGAAGAGGAAGUGGUUGGAUCUCAAGAUUCUCACAUGGAGGAGACCCCCAAGGCAAAUUCCAAGAGAAAGCAUACCCUAAGUAAAGAAAAAGCUUCUGAUUCUAUGGAGUAUGGUGAGAAUCUUGUCGGCUUGAAGGUGAAGGUCUGGUGGCCCGCAGACCGUGAGUUCUAUGUAGGUUUUAUUCAUUCAUUUGAUCCCUCGAAAAAGAAGCACAAGGUGAACUAUAUUGAUGGUGAUCAAGAAAUUUUAAAUCUUAAGAGAGAAAAGUGGGUGGUGAUUGAAGAUGAGUCUGGGUCAGAUGAGGAAGGCGUAGAUAAUCAUCCAAGUCCUGAUGGUUCAUCUGACAUGCCUCAAAGGAAGAAAGCAAAAACACCUGAUCUCUUGAGCAAGAAAACUAAGACGGAUGCUUCACCAAAAAGCGGCGGAGGAACUUCGACUGGGAAAUCCAAGGGUGCUGCCAUGAAGUCUGGUCGCAAAACAAAGGACGAAGCUAAAAUGGAUGGCAAAUCCAAAGACGGCUCCAAGAGUGCGAGCAAAUCAGACAAUGACAGUGUUGCUAAGUCCAAGGAUCAUACCCCCAAAACUGGUAGCAAAUCAUUUGAUAUCGCUUCUAAAGCAAGUAACAAGUCCAAGAAUGAGGACAGUGGCGAUACACCAAAGUCUACAAAAUCCAAGGAUGACAGAAGUGCCACACCAAAAGCUUCCACAAAGUUAAAGCAAGAUGCUUUAAAGACAGCCAAGUCCAAGCAGGAAACCUCAAACGUUUCCCCCCUUUCUAAGGGUAAGCCUCCUAGAAGUGGUGGCAAAUCCAAUGAUAAAGGCACUGUCAAGUCAAAAUCUGAUUCAUCAAAGGUGAAAGAAAGUGAAAGCACAAAAGAGAAGUCAACAGAUUCAGGAAAACUUGUGGGAAGCGCGAAGCGGAAAGCAUCAAGUUUAUCAAAGGCACAUGGAAGUGAUUCCAAGUCUGGAAAAAAGGGACGAAGAUGAGCUAAAAGUAGGGGCACCGAGGUUUGGCUCUUGUCGAAUGUGGAAUUCGGCUGAACCUUAGUAUUUUGCAGCCAGUCGUAGACGUGCGGGUGGUGGGGGAUGCAAUUGGUAUUUGACGUAGCGUUACGCGUAGUUAGUGUUUUGUUGGGUUUGUCCUCUCUCUCUCUUAUUAUUGAUGUAGGCAUUAGGAUUACAUUGGGUUAGCCUUUCUUUCCUUUUACCAAAGGGUUGCUUCUAUGGAUUAACGUAAUACAUUCGAGUAACUUUGUG